AUGGCCAAUCAGCUCAUGAGGGCGACCGAUUUGAUAGAUGCCGCUCAAUGUGGCCACACAGAAAAGUUACAGAAUUGUCUAAAAAGAGGAGUUAAUAUAAACUUCAAAGAUAGGGAUGAUAACACUGCACUUCACAUUGCUGUAAAUCACGGAAACACAGAACUCGUCAGAUUGCUGAUUGAUGGUGGCAUUGAUGUCAAUAUACCAGAAGAGGAUGGUCAAACUGCACUUCACAAUGCUGCACGACAAAGAAACACGGAAAUCCCCAUGUUGCUUAUUGAUGCUGGUAUUGAUCUAAAUGUACAGAACAAGUAUGAUAACACUGCACUCCACAUUGCUGGAGAACAUGGAUACACAGAAAGCGUCAAGUUGCUGAUUGAUGGUGGCAUUGAUCUCAAUAUAAAGAAUCAGGAUGGUAAAACUGCACUUCACUUUGCUGCUCGAGAAAGAAACACGGAAAUCACCAUGUUGCUUAUUGAUGCUGGUAUUAAUCUAAAUGCACAGAACAAGAGUGGUGACACUGCACUUCACAUUGCAGUACAAAAUACACACAUAACAAUCGUCAAGUUGCUGAUUGAUGGUGGCAUUGAUCUCAAUAUAAAGACAUGGAAUGGCCAAACUGCACUUCACGAAGCAGCACGACAAAGAAACACGGAAAUCACCAUGUUGCUUAUUGAUGCUGGUAUUGAUCUAAAUGCACAGAACAAGAUUUGCUAG